AUAGUUACUGUAUUAUAAAAGAACUAUUUCAGCUUUCUGAUCUGUUCAUUUUUCAACUAAUGAGUUUGUAUUCCAAUUACGCGAGUAGAGUAGGGUUACAAGCACCGUGGAAAUUGGAAAUUGUCUAGAAUACAAGAAGAUAAAUCACGCCAGAAAAUCAAAAUUAUCCACACUAACUGAACUUGUUUGAGGUAAAUCCAAGCAAUGAUUAUCAGUGAAAUGUGCACUCAAUAUUCAAGAACUUGAUAUUAUUAGCUACGAAAAAAUCUAAACUUAAUCAGAUUCAAUUAUUUUUCUUAGUUAAUAAUUAUUGUAAGAAUGAAAUGGUUUCAUGGUUUUGCGCUCAUUAUUUCAGGAGAAAUAUUGAUAACACUGAUAUUUUAUUUGACGGUUGGGAGCUUUGAUUUACCACACCCUAAGGCAGUAGAAGAUGAACAAUAUGCUGAUGGGUUGGAAAAUCCCAUAAUGGUUUCAAAGCUGUAUGAUUAUUACAACAUUGAAGCAGGAAUGGCUAGUAGUGGCUUGAGUACUGGCGCAGACUCCUUCCUUCUGAAUGGGAAAAGACUGACAAUACUAAGUGGGGCGCUGCACUACUUCCGAGUACAUCCAGCUCACUGGAGAGACAGAUUGCGGAAGCUGAGAGCCAUGGGAUGUAAUACUGUCGAAACAUACAUUCCAUGGAACCUUCAUGAACCAGAGAAAGAUGUUUACGACUUUGGUGUUGAGGAAUAUAAGACUGAUUACCAGUUUUCCGAAUGGUUGAAUGUUGUGCAGUUUAUUGAAAUGGCCGAGGAAGAGGAUUUGUUUGUUAUAAUUCGUCCAGGGCCUUACAUUGGCGCAGAUUGGGAUUUUGGGGGCUUGCCAAGUUAUUUGCUGUCGAUUCCCGGAUUGAAAGUGCGAACAAAUGAUGACCUUUACUUGGAUAGAGUUGAUAAAUAUUUUGAAACGCUGCUUCCAAGACUGGCUCCGCUAACAGUUGAACGUGGAGGACCAAUCAUCAUGUUCCAGAUUGAAAACGAAUACGGAUACUUCUCCAACUCAUCUGAAAGCAAUGAGCACUUGGAGUAUUUGCAAAUGAAAAUGGAAUCUCUUGGUAUCAACAGCUUUUUCUCGACUUGCGAUGAUGUUGCAUUGGUUGGUCGAGCUGGCUCACUGGUCGAGAAAGGAGUUCUAAUGACAGCCACCUUCCAAGAUAAUGUGGAGCACGAACUAUCGACUUUGCGUGAACUGCAACCCUACCGCCCCGCCAUGGUGAUGGAGUUCUCAAGUGGUAGGAUUGACCAUUGGGGUCAGACUCAUACUACACGGAGUGAAUUGGAUUAUUCCAAAAAGCUAUUUUAUAUAAUAAGCUUCCCAGCAUCUAUUAAUCUGUACCUUUUCCAUGGAGGAACCAACUUUGGUUUUAUGAGUGGAGCAAACCAAUGGGUUUCAAGAGAUAGGAUAAUCUACGAGCCAAGUACUACAAGUUACGAUCGUGAUGCACUACUAACAGAGAAUGGUGAUUACACUAAAAAAUAUUUCCUGACAAGAGAAUUGUUUGUAGAUGUUCAAAAGUUUUUUGGAAUCUAUGUACCGGAUCCUCCAAAAAUUGAACAAAUGCUUAUCUCCCCAGCUAUAGAACCACUCUACCAGAUGGACUACAUGGAUAUAAUUGGGAGCAUUCCAUCAGACCAUAGAAUCCUCUCGGACCAACUAAUACCGAUGGAGUUACUGCCUCUGAAAUCGAAGAUGAGGACUGGAGAAAUGAAAGGCCAAAGCUAUGGCUACACUUUAUAUAGAAUUUUCCUUCCUGUUGAAGAAGAUCCAGAAAUUCAGAUUUUUGGCCGAGUGAAUGACACAGUGAUACUAUUGGUGGAUGGGAAAAGAUUCACUGAUGUAAUGAGAAGCGCCAAACAAAUGCAUGAUUUCGGAUUCUGGAGAGCAUGUAAAUAUGAGUACGACAAGAAGAAAAUAAAUCUCCCAAAUGGAACAUACACUUUUGAUUUUCUUGUUGAGAAUAUGGGACGCAACAGCAUGGGAUUCACUCUGGAAGACUUUGAUCAGAAGAAAGGUCUAUCUCAAGGAUCCGUUACUAUCAGCGGCCUACAACCUGAGGGUAUCUGGGGAAAUAUAUACUCUGGACUUCCAACCCAAAUGGGUCGAAAACCUGAAUAAGUGGAGGGAAUGGACAUCUAAUUCCGGAGAGCUAAACAGCCCAACAAUGUUCAAAUUUGAGUUGGAACUUGAAGAAGAAGAUAUUCAUGAUACUUUCCUGAACAUGAGAGAGUGGGGGAAGGGAGUUGUUUUCGUGAACAAUUUCAACAUUGGAAGGUACUUCAGCAUAGGACCUCAACUGUCUCUCUAUAUUCCUGGACCACUAUUGGUUGCUGGAGUUAAUUCUAUCAUAGUAUUUGAACACUACACUCAUCCAGGAGCCCUGCAGUUCUCGAGUCUUCCUAUUUAUGAAUCAUAGUUGAUAUUAGAAUAUUAUUAACGGGCUGAGACUCUCUCAAUCUGUUCAUUCUAUACCAUA